AUGGCUGCUGCCUGCAAUGCUUGGGUCUCGAGUUUUCCCCGCCACUGCUCUUCUUUUCCUGCCGGGGUCCCGCUGCUGCGUGUCGCUGUGUGUCUACUAUGCUGGGCCCUGGCGGCUGUGGACGCCGUCCCCGAGCCCGGGUUCUGGGUAGCGACAGUCAACGACAAAUCUGGCCCACUGAUGUUUAGGAAAACUAUGUUUAACUCUACUGAGAUCAAGUUUUCUGUUAAGUCGUUCAGUUGUUCCGGGCCCGUGAAGUUUACCAUAGAAUGGCAUUUGAAAUAUCAUAUCUGUCACAAUGAACAUCGUGACCUAGAAGAGCAGUUACGAAACCAUGAACUCUCUGUUGAUGAAGACUUUUGUGGCCAUUAUUUCAAGAAUAUUGAUUGUUGGACAACAAAACAUGAAAACUUAGAUUGCAACAGUGAUUUACAGGUGUUUCCCUCAUUGACUAAUAAAGAACUAAUACCAAAUACCAGAAAUGUUUCAAACCAAGGAGGAUCAAUGGAUGUUGUUGCCCGAACACAGAGGGAUGGGUUUCAUAUCUUUAUUGUUUCUAUUAAAACGGAAAAAACAGAUGCAAACUGGAAUUUGAAUGUUUCUCUUUCUAUGAUGGGCCCUCAUGGAUAUAUCUCUGCAUCAGAUUGGCCUCUAAUGAUUUUUUACAUGGUGAUGUGUAUUAUUUAUAUUUUAUAUGGUGUACUCUGGCUGAUGUGGUCUGCUUGUUACUGGAAAGAUAUCCUAAGAAUCCAAUUCUGGAUUGCAGCUGUUAUUUUCCUGGGAAUGCUUGAAAAAGCAGUUUUCUAUUCUGAGUACCAAAACAUCAAUAGCACUGGACUGUCAACCCAAGGUUUAUUAAUAUUUGCAGAGUUGAUAUCUGCAGUUAAGAGGACGUUGGCUCGUCUCCUGGUCAUCGUUGUGAGCUUGGGUUAUGGCAUUGUGAAGCCUCGAUUAGGAACAGUAAUGCACCGUGUGAUUGGCCUAGGGAUUCUUUAUUUUAUUUUCGCAGCUAUUGAAGGCGUGAUGAGAGUCAUUGGGGGUUCUAACCAUUUAGGUGUUGUUUUGAGUGACAUUAUUUUAGCAGUUAUUGACUCCAUUUUUGUAUGGUUCAUUUUCAUAAGUUUGGCACAAACUGUGAAGACUUUAAGGUUAAGAAAGAACACAGUGAAAUUUUCUUUAUACAGGCACUUUACAAAUACUCUCAUCUUUGCUGUACUGGCUUCUGUAGUGUUUAUGAUAUGGACAACUAAGACAUUUAGAAUUGCAAAAUGCCAGUCAGAUUGGAUGGAACGCUGGGUUGAUGAUGCAUUUUGGAGCUUCCUUUUUUCACUUAUCCUCAUUGUAAUAAUGUUUUUGUGGAGACCAUCAGCAAAUAAUCAGAGAUAUGCAUUUAUGCCUUUAAUAGAUGAUUCUGAUGAUGAAGUUGAGGAAUUCAUGGUAACAUCUGAAAAUUUAACUGAAGGCAUAAAAUUAAGAGCCUCUAAAACGGUUUCCAAUGGAACAGCAAAACCUGCCACUUCUGAUAACUUUGAUGAAGAUUUGAAGUGGGUGGAAGAAAAUAUCCCCUCGUCCUUCACAGAUGUAGCUCUUCCAGUGUUAGUAGAUUCAGAUGAGGAAAUCAUGACCCGAUCUGAAAUGGCAGAAAAAAUGUUCUCUUCAGAAAAGAUCAUGUGA